GAGGGUGGCUCCGCCUACUUGGCUUUCUGGGCUCUGUCCCUUGGCCGGGGCCAGCCGUAGCCGCCGCCGUCGAGUUACUAGCGCCGGCCGGCGGCGUCCGUGCCCCUUUGUGUCGUGGGGACGCUCGGAGCGUGACGUCGUCCGGCCGAGCCUAGUCUAGCCAUGGGCCUGAUAUUUGCUAAGCUGUGGAGUUUCUUCUGUGACCAGGAACACAAAGUAAUAAUAGUGGGACUUGACAAUGCAGGAAAGACCACCAUUCUUUACCAGUUCUUAAUGAAUGAAGUGGUCCACACAUCUCCAACCAUAGGAAGCAAUGUUGAAGAAAUAGUAGUAAAAAAUACCCAUUUCCUUAUGUGGGAUAUUGGAGGACAGGAGUCAUUACGGUCAUCAUGGAAUACCUAUUAUUCAAAUACAGAGUUCAUCAUUCUCGUUGUUGACAGCAUUGACAGAGAACGACUUUCUAUCACAAAAGAAGAACUUUACAGAAUGUUGGCUCAUGAGGAUUUACGGAAGGCUGCAGUUCUCAUCUUUGCAAAUAAGCAGGACAUGAAAGGUUGUAUGACAGCUGCUGAAAUAUCUAAAUACCUCACCCUUAGUUCCAUAAAGGAUCACCCAUGGCACAUUCAGUCCUGCUGUGCUUUGACUGGAGAAGGAUUAUGCCAAGGUCUGGAAUGGAUGACCUCCCAUAUUGGAGUGAGAUAACUUGUUGCAAAAGAGACUGCAUCUGUUUAUUCUGUGAACAUGAACAUUUUCCUGGUACUUCUGGUUGCUACGGUAGCGACCAUGUUUAAUUUAUAAUGACAGAAACCUCUGAGCAGCACUUGAAUCAAGUGCAACUGAACUGAAACACAAAGUAUUUUUAACUUUUUUAAUGCACUGCUCUUCCACAGGAUGAACAUAUGAAUCUGUUUCAGUAUCAAAGUUCUCCUGGCUAUUCUAAUUUUUCAGUGGUUGCCUUGUAAGAUAUCUUUCAUCAUGGAAAAUCUUUCACACUUGAUUUUUGUAAUGAUGCAAACUAUUUCUGUAAUUUACUACCAUAGAUAAAUUUCUUCAUUAACACUGGGGAAAAAAGGCGAAUAGAUUGAUGUUUACCCUAGCAUAGCUUUAAUGAUUUCAAAAGAUUGGGCUAUGGCUAUCUCCAAGGCAGGUUUUAGGUAUGUUAAGAAUUGUAAUAGUCAGCAUUGAAACAGUUAUUUAUGGUUGAUAUGCUCUUUUCCCCCCCUUCACCACCCCUCCCCCAAUAUGUGUAACUGAAUUUCUGCCUUAAAAGAAAACAUGCCCUUUUUUAUUCCCAUGUAAGGUAAGUAGUUCUGGGUCAUAUUUUUACCUGAAAACACAACUUUACCGGGUGGAUAAAAAUUGAGUUUUUAUUUAAUUAAAAUGCAUUUUUCUUUUUAAAAAUGAACCAGUUUAAAAAUUUGAAAUUGACAACAUAUUAAGUGCUAAAUUUAGUGUAAUCUUUUUAAAAACAACAAGGAGUCUGGUGGCACCUUAAAGACUAACAGGUUUAUUUGGGCAUAAGCUUU